GAAGUUGUGCAUUAGGUUUUCACAAGUGCAACUCUUUACUGGGCUCCUCUACCUCCUCGAGAAGAAGUUUUACGUACAUUUUCAGUUGAUCCCUUUUCUUUGUCCAGCUGAUAUUCAAACAAUUGACUUGCCGGCUCCAUCGUUUCCGAAUUCUGAUUCAUCUGCUCGUCGAUCUGGAGCUGUAGAGGACUAUAACCACCUUGUGCUAUCGAUUCCAUCACCACGGCGACCUUCUUGACGACGGAAAGAAUCUCCCCGACAAGAACUUUUUCGUCCCACGACCAUGGCGGUUGUACAACCACGAGGACUGAGAGGAGUGACUUCUAUCAAGCUGUCACCCCAAGCAAGAGCAAGAAGAUGGGGGGCGUCGACCAGAAAAUGUCGAGCGAGGAAAAGGUCCAGAAGCUGUGCGGCACUUCUCCUGACCCGACGGCCAAGAAGAUUUCGCUGGAAAACGCGACCAAGCAAUUCGUCGACGGCUUUCUGGCCAAUACGCUGAAAACCCACCCCUACGCGUGCUGCGAGGAUGCAAAAACCGAGCGAAUCAUCGCUGUCACGAAAAAGUGGCAGAAACUCUACCUGUGCAAGGAGGACCCUAGGGGGAAGAAGGUGAAAGAGGUCACCCAGCGCAACAAGUACCACAACAGUGUCUUCAAAGAGAACGGGCUCUCCUCCUUUCUGAAGAACCCGACCAGCAAGCACGAAUGGGUCGGCGAAGAGGUGUGGUGCGAGGACACCGACGAGCUGCUGUUCUUUUUCAAGCGCCCGAAGAUAAGCACGAGCAACGGGGCGCUGCAAUGGGACAUGAACUCGGUGAACGAGGCCACGCGCUGCCUCUUUGUUGGGCAAAACGUCUUACCGGCCGCCGCCUUUCGGGAGGCGCACAGCAGAACCUAUCACAUUCCGGGGGAGGGUAAGACCUGCAGUACCAUGUUGUCGGUGCUGCUGGCCGAGAAUCGCGACGGCUCGAACCCCUUGGUGUAUCUGACGGAGCCCAUGGUCGAAACGAUCAUGGCCGAUCACGAGGCGGACUGGUUUUUUGACACGAGCUUGCCAGCCACGACUUACUCUCAGGGACUCGUCAAUUAG